AUGAUAACGAAAUUUUUCGCAAAAGUGGUGGUGAGAUUCAACCCAUUUGGAACAGAGGCGAAAACCGCAAGACUGCUUCUAAGUGCCAUACCACCAGCACAAAGAAUACAGGGUGCACAAAUUCAGAAUGAAGUUUUAACGAGUGAUUCCGUAAAGGUACCAACUGUCAAGAUUACUUUCAAGGACAAAACUGAGAUGGAAGUUGACCCUAGGACUACUUCAUUCCAAGAAAUAUCCAACAUAUUUGAUCGUCAUUCUAGAAAGCUGAGCUUAAAAGAGAGUAUUGAAAACAGCUGA